UAUGCUGGUCUUAUUUUAAAAGAUCUCAAUGAACAGAGUUCGUUUCUGACUAAAAUCCUCAUAUCUUAAGGACAAAAUUAAUUUGGAGAAGUGAGUCUGUCUUCUUGGAUUAGGUCGAUUUAAGUAGAAAGAAAAAGUACGUCGAACACUUUGAGGCCGAUAGACCCCCUAAUUAAUCAAAUUAAAUAUAAAUAAAAUCUUUUCAAGAAACUAAAAAUAAUUUAAAAUACAUAUUUGAGCUUAAUUUUGACAAUUUUAUUUAAUAAAAUCUGAUCAUUUAUUAUAUCAAUUUUAAAGUCAUGUAAUAAUAAUAUUUCUUAAUAUAAGCUCUUUCUUUAUUUGCAAUAAUUUUCACCAAUUAAAUUUUUUUUAUUAUAUAGAAAUUAAAAGUUUCUUCAUUUUUUCAUAAAAAAAAUUUAAUUUUUAAAACAAUAUCAUUUACACNCAAUCACAGCCGAAAAUGAAUGCUAUGGUUAGGAUUCUGAAACUACUGAAUGUGAAUGGUCAACAAAUAGCAAAUGCGAAUCAUUAUCUGUAUCAGCUUCAUGCACAGACUUGAAUAACUUUUAAAAAAAGUGUGAAAAUGAGGGCUGUAAAUAUGCAACAAAUUCAUGUUCUUUUAAGACAUGUGCUGAUAAUACUGGAGAAUAAGAAUGUAGAAUUUCUAAAUCAGGUGAAAAUGAAAGAACAUUAUGUGCUUGGGAUGGAUCAAAAUGUGCUGAUGCAGCUGAUACAAGUAAGUUAACAGCAGAAAAUUGCUUUUCUUAAUCUUAUUAAAAUUACAGAUGGACAGCUGAUGGAAAAUGUGAAGAAUGCAGUGACUUAGUAUCAGAAGGCAGUUCAAGCAAUUCUGUUAUUCUAUCAGUAUUUGUUGCACUUGCCUUUAUCGCUUGAG